GGGGACACGACGCGUUUAUAGCUUGUUAUAUACAUUGGGUUGGAGUGUUAAGUGUUCGUUGCUCCGAGAGGGUCGUGGGGGGUCGUAUCGUGUAUAAAGGGUCGGGGUUACCACUCAGUAGGGGUUGGAGUCCCGAGGAGCGAACGUCGUUUCGUGCCAGCGCCCAAAGUAUCUAGUCGUUUUCCUACUUUACUACUUUACAAACACCUAUGUAAUCAGUGUAUACGUGCCGUGAUGUAUAGUAGUACUUGAGUCCUAUCGUCGUAUUACACGCGGCUGACUUGUCAGGGUGUUUGAGUAACGCGCGAGGUGUGAAAUUGGUUCAAAGUCCUCGACUGAACCCAAAUCUGCCUCCUUCAGUCAAGAAGAGUGCUUCAGAGGUUCAUCAGCUCCUGUUAUUUUGGAAGAAUCAACGAGAGGAAAUAAUCUUCAAAAGAGUCAAUCUUUGAAAUGUCGGAGCAGGAAUCUAGUCAACAAUAGGAAAGCCCCAGAUUCGAGAGGAGUUUUAGAUGAUAAUGAAGGGUUUAUGUUCAGCUUAUCGAGAGUGAAGUUUGAAAGAGACUGAACUGGGAUUAAUCAGAGACAGAGAAAUAGUUUGAUUUCUUUGGAAGGAAGUAUGAUUUAUAAGAGGUAAACGAAACCGUCGGGGUAAAUGAACGUGACCAGAAGCGUACAUUCCUAAUCGUCUGAAGCUGCGUCUACUUGGUGUGGGAUAGAAUGUCAAUGGGGUAGCUUCAAGUCGUGCUCGGCCUAACCAAUCACGCCCAGAACGCCUUUUCUACUGACAACGAGUUUUCUUCAAGCUUGGUGCACGUAUUCAGGAGCAAUAAAAUCGUUGAUUCAGAGAAACGAUCGAUACAUAAAAUGAAAAGAGCCACUGAGUGAUUCAUGAUUUCCGGUUUGAAAGGCAAAGACGGUGUCUGUAGCUAAAAGGGUAUAAAGAAAGCAAAGCAAAAAAAUAAAAGAAAUAAAGAGAGGAAGUGAAAAAGAAUGUGGAAAAAAUUGAUCGGAAGUACAAUGCUCUCGAAUCGAUAGAGAGCGAUAGCAAGUCGAGUUGGGAAAGACAUGUUGUGCUUAGACAUGAAAUUGGUCUCACGACUGCGAGGAUUGUCCUCGAACUCAGGCUCCUCCAACUCCUCAAAUCCACCCUCAAUUUCCAUUCCUCCCUCAUUCUCUGCCUCGUCCUAUAACCUGACCGUCGAUAAGCAACUACGAAAAGCCAGACGAGGAAGCGGCGGAAAUAUUAGUCCCCAGAGUGAUCACGAAAGCGAUGAGGAUAGCAGCAGCAGCAACAUGCCAAGCAUCAGGAUCGUCAGGAAUCGAUCGAGAUCAGUGUGUAUGCCGGUCCUCACCUCCUCCCAGCUGCGACAUCUUCAUCGACGUGCCAGUCACCAUGUAUCUUCAACGGAUACAGUUUCUCGAAGAGGCGUUUUGUCGAGAAGAUGUUACGGAAGCGUGGAAAUGUUGCCUCAAAUUGAGCAGGAUGGCACAGACAGCGGAAGAAGAUUUCGUGUAGAAAAUGGAGAUUCUCCCGGCGAGAAAGAAGAGAUGUUUGGUUCGCCGAGUACGCCAGUAUUGGAAAAUCCAGAGUACCAGACCCGAUGGUACUUCAAAUAUUUUCUUGGAAAAUUGCAUCAAAAUUAUGUGGCCUCAGAUCAAGAACGAAAUCCCUUGUUCCUGUCUGUAGUUAUCAGCGAGGGUGGUGAUCAAUGCGUCCCCCACUACAGGGUGAUUCUUUGGAGACGCACGGGUGCUCAAAAGAUAUCCCUGCCUUACUCGCCGAAUAAAACGAUGACUGUCAAACAAAUCCUCAGCAAUUUCUUUGGACUUGAAAAACUAGACAAAGCACCCAGGGAAAUAUUUUCACCGGAAAUACAAAAGGAUCUUCUGUUACUUGAAGAACAAGAGGGUUCAGUAAACUUCAAAUUCGGUAUUAUUUAUGCCAGAGAAGACCAGACGACUGACGACGAGAUGCUAUCGAAUGAAAGGGGCAGUCCGGGUUUCGAGAGGUUCCUGGAAACGCUUGGGGAACGAAUACGGCUCAAGGGUUGGGACAAAUACAGAGGAGGUCUCGACGUAAAGGGUGACAUGACAGGAAAAGAGAGCAUCUAUACAGUAUAUGCAGGUCACGAAGUUAUGUAUCACGUUAGUACCAUGCUGCCACACUCGAAAGAUAAUCCCCAGCAGCUCGAACGAAAAAGACAUAUUGGCAACGACAUUGUGAACAUCAUAUACACAGAUGAUCCAACAUUUUUCGAAACCUUCAAUCCAAACUGCAUAAGAAGUCAAUUCACACACGUGUUCGCUGUGGUCUGUAGCGAAGAGGGUGGAAAUGGAUGGCGAAUAGCCAUUUAUUGCGACGAAAGUGUUCCCCUCUUCGGCCCGAGUCUACCUUGUCCACCCAUGUUUGAAGAUCCCUGCAAUUUCCGGGAGUUCCUUCUCGUAAAGCUCAUCAAUGGGGAAAAGGCCACCUUCGACACCCCAACCUUCUCCAGGAAACGAGAAAGAACACUAGACACUCUUCUACGGGACAUGUACCAGGAACAUGCACAGGACAGCAAAAGCAACAGUAUGCUUAAUCGCCGAGCAUUGUCCGACGUGGUGGAAACUCCAGGACGACGUCGCGAGGAAACCCGAGCUGUGGAAAUGGUUCGUGUUGGUCAAGCACUCAAAUUAGAAGCUAUCGUCCGAGGACUAGCACCUACUUCAUUGGCCACUGUAGGACCUUUAAAACCAAGACCCUGGGAGCCAAGGUGUAUAUAUCCUGAUUUUCCACACGAGAUUGUGUGUGGUGACGUCUGGUCUGAUAGCAAACUUAUCCUAGCAACCGAAGCAGGAACAUUUCUCUUGGAAGAUGGAAUUUCUCAUCGACUCCUCUUUGACAAAUCGGUGCAAAUCAAACAGCUAGACGUAGUCGAGCAGCACGGAAUUCUUUUGUUCAGGGCAGGUGACAAAGGUAAGGAGAGCAACGUUCACGUAUUUCGAUUAAGUGAACUGGAAGUAGAUGCCUUAGCGAAUAUGGACUUAAACGACGAGGAUGAAGAAUACGAUGAUCUGGAGAAUUCUACUCAUCUAUCCAGUUCUGCACUUACUUCAAGAGCACCCACAGCUAGAAAUCGCUCACAUGCUAAGGAAAGAAAACUGGACCGAACUCGAGGGUCCAAUCUCUACAGCAUCACGAGACCUGGAGGCUCUCAUUUACGAAUGUGUGUUGCAGUUGGUAGAAGACUAACUGUACUUCAGUGGAAGCACAAUGCAGCUUGGACGACUUGGUGUGCAUCAGCAGACACUGACACUGUUGAUGGUUUUCUGCAUUUAAAGGAAUUUAAUGCAAGUGAACCACCCUCUUUAGUUAAUAUAAUCGAAAGCUCAGAAGUUGGCAAUGAAUGGGUACUUUGUUGUGGCUUAAGACAUAACUUUGAACUAAUUUCGGCCAAUGGAACAUCCAGAAUUCUUCAUCUAGAAGGCACCCUUAAGCCUCAUUUGAUAGCUGCUCUGGAUCUUUGCGAAGAUGAAGAGCCCGAAGUGCUAUUAUGCUACAACAAUACAUGUCACUUCCAGAAAUUAUCAGAAGAAAACGCAGCUCCAACAGAAUUUGAUUUUAAUUGGAACUCUGUACCUGUAACUGUUGCUUGUGCCUUUCCAUAUGUAAUCGCCUUCACUGCUGACAACAUGGAAAUUCGCUUAAUCAUAAACGGAAAUUUGGUACACACAAUCGCAAUGCCGAAUCUUAGUUUGAUAUCGUCUAAAAGAGAUAUCUUCUUCGCAACGACUGCUCCUGAGUUUUUGGCCUCAAGAUGUGAAAGAAUUCGUUUGGAUACAAAACCAGAUCGAGACGAAAGGAGUAAUAGUCCACCAUCUUCUCAAAACAACUUUCAUGGUUCUCAAGGUGAUAACAAGCCAAUGAGAAUCUACCGCAUUCCCUUACAAACUUUAUCGAGGAAUUCAGUUUCCAACUGUAGUCAAAGAAGGUGUCCAAGUCCGGCUGAGCCGGAGGUAGUUACAGCACCAAUAGCAAAUGACAGAAAUUUUUUGAGUGCAGAACCUCACAGGGCUCUAAGCAGGUCCUGCAGUAGCAGCCCUACCCCUAGUUUAGGAACGUCAAUUUCCAGCUCGUCGAGUAAAUAAUGAAGCAGAGAGCACGGUGAAAGAUUGUAUUUUAAUAUUGAUCGCUGUCCGACUAUGCCAAAAAAAAUCAAGUUUACUCUUCUAGAAACAUUGACGAUGAUUUAAAGAAUAGAAUUCUGAAAGCAGCUUUGUCAGAAUUAAUCUGCAGGGACAGAUUUUGAAAUGAGGUUCACUGAAAUAGAAAAAGGGGGGCUUUGAAAAAUUAAAAACGCACGAAUGUAAAACUGAUCUAAGACGAAGUUAGUCGUAAGGAGAUACAUUUUGCGCGAGGAAGUUAUUGGGAGAAGAUAAUUACUCUAAGGCAGAAAAGGUGUCGUAGAAAUUAUUUAAGAAGUGAAUGAUUUAACGAGAAAAUUAUUGUAAACAGAACAUUAUUCUAAGAAUAUUAUUAUACGGAGAAAAAUAUUGCAAAAAUUGUAAAAGAAACAAAGAGAAAAAAAGUAACUGUGAAAGCAUUGCUUAUGAGAAUAUGAAUGAUCCAAAGCAAAACAAUCAAAAUGUGUUAUGAAAACAAAAUAAACUGUCUUUGCAAUAGAAAGUUGCGUCUUGUCAAUUGUAAGAGUUGUAUAGAUUAUGAAUGGGAACGAGUAAUGAGCAGGUAUCAUUUACAUGACUAGUUUAUAUGAAUAGUUGUUGCAGGAGGAGGCAGUACAAGGGUAGUUUUUAAGCGAGGGGAUCAACCUGGAUCAAUAAGGCACAACUUUUCGUUUGCUGUUUAAGGCAGAUAUGGCAAUGCUAAUUUUAUCAAUUUUAAGCUAUAAUAUUCCAGAUUCGUUGUAAAUCAUUCAAGAAUGAAAAUAAAAGAUUAAUAAAGAGGAAUGUUGCAAAAA